UUCUGUGCUUUUGUGGAGGACACUGGGGAUGCUGUCUAAGAAGAAGGUACAAAGCAUUACCCUGUGAUUACAUUGGUCAUGGGAAGAAAUACAAAGUGUUCCUCCGAAGCAGGAGUUCUGACUGGGGCCAGUGGAUCCAUGUGGCCAUGAGUUAAUUCUGUGGGGGCCAGGGAGCACAAUGGAAGCAGGCAUGUGUGGCUGUGGAUCUGCCCGGUAGAAGCAGGCGUGUGUGGCUGUGGACUUGCCUGGUGGAAGCAGGCAUAUAUGGUUGUGGACCUGCCCAGUGGAAACAGGCAUAUGUGGCUGUGGACCUGCCCAGUGGAAGCAGGCAUGCGUGGCUGUGGACGUGCCUGGUGGAAGCAGGCAUGUAUGAUUGUGGACCUGCCCGGUAGAAGCAGGCCUGUGUGGCUGUGGACCUGUUAUGAGGAGAUGAUCGUGCUAAUUCACUGAAAGUUCAUGAUCCAUCCAGGCCAAGACGCCUCUCCUGAAAACAGAACUUGGAGCGUUGAUUCACAGGUUUGAGAAGUGCUGGCAGAGCCUUAUGGGAUGGCACCAUUUGAAAGGGCGCCUGUGACGAGCUUCACACAGGACACCCCAUAGAGGGUGGGAAACACGUCUGCGAGGGAGGUCCCCAGCCAGGCAGGGCACACGGGACACCAUCUUUUCAAAUUUAACCAUCACACUUAAAAUAUCUCAUGACACAGAUACCUGCGAAAACAUUUAUCCCUCAGCUCAGAUAAACUGCGGGUGUUUAAAGGGAGACAGAAUGUGGGGGAGAGAAACGAAGCAAGGGCCUUUGGCCAUGGGUCCCUCCAGGACCACCCCACCUCUGGAGCCGGCAAGAGAUACCUCUGAAGAGACCCCCGAGUGAAGAGCCCCCGAGCGCUUCCUGCACGCAGAGCCUUUGUUGAGAGGACAGCCUCCUUCAGGAUGAGCCGUUCUCCCACCCCCACCCUUACCUGGCUGGCGGCCAAGGUGACUGUCUCCUGAGCUCCCAGCAGCUUUGCAAAACCCUGAGUUGAAGCAGCAUCCUCAUUCCAGCCUGAGCUCUUCUCCUUCACUGUGACCUCCACCUGGCAGCUGGAAUGCAAAGAGCAGGCAACAGGGCAGGUGGCUACACAGGGCUGGGGGGGCGCCCACCAGAAGCAUCUCCAUAGCUGGAUACCCCAGGGCAUACCUGGUGUCCAUGGCUUCCCCAUGCUCACCCGCCGCCCCCUGCUUCCCAGCCUAUUCUAAGGGUGAAACUGGACACUCAUUUUCCAGGUCGAAGCUGCUGGUCUCAGCUGUGAUUUUACCAGUUCCCUGAAAGAGAAUACCCUGUACCUUCACAGGCGCGGCCUCCUGAGCCCGGCGGAAGCCCCUGGGUGUUUCCGGCGCAUGGAGCCAUGGCCCUGCUCCCCGGGCACGCGGAGCCCCCUGGCGGCGGCGCUGUGGGCGGCGGGGCCCGCGCCCGGCACGUCAUCAUCAAUGUGGGCGGCUGCCGCGUGCGCCUGGCCUGGGCCGCGCUUGCGCAGUGCCCCCUCGCGCGCCUGGAGCGCCUGCGCGCCUGCCGCGGCCACGACGAGCUGCUGCGCGUGUGCGACGACUACGACGUGAGCCGCGACGAGUUCUUCUUCGACCGCAGCCCGUGCGCCUUCCGCGCCAUCGUGGCGCUGCUGCGCGCGGGGAAGCUGCGGCUGCUGCGGGGCCCGUGCGCGCUGGCCUUCCGCGACGAGCUGGCCUACUGGGGCAUCGACGAGGCGCGCCUGGAGCGCUGCUGCCUGCGCCGCCUGCGCCGCCGCGAGGAGGAGGCGGCCGAGGCGCGCGCGGAGCCGGCGGAGCGCGGGGCGCAGGGGAGCCCGGCGCGCGCCCUGGGGCCCCGGGGGCGGCUGCAGCGCGGCCGGCGGCGCCUGCGCGACGUGGUGGACAACCCGCACUCGGGGCUGGCGGGCAAGCUCUUCGCCUGCCUGUCCGUGUCCUUUGUGGCCGUCACGGCCGUGGGCCUCUGCCUGAGCACGAUGCCGGACAUCCGCGCCGAGGAGGAGCGGGGCGAGUGCUCCCCCAAGUGCCGCAGCCUGUUCGUGCUCGAGACCGUGUGCGUGGCCUGGUUCUCCUUCGAGUUCCUGCUGCGCUCCCUGCAGGCCGAGAGCAAGUGCGCCUUCCUGCGGGCACCGCUCAACGUCAUCGACAUCCUGGCGCUGCUGCCGUUCUACGUGUCGCUGCUGCUCGGGCUGGCGGCUGGCCCGGGAGGGAGCAAGCUCCUGGAGCGCGCGGGGCUGGUGCUUCGCCUGCUGCGCGCGCUGCGCGUGCUCUACGUGAUGCGCCUGGCGCGCCACUCUCUGGGGCUGCGCUCGCUGGGCCUGACCGUGCGCCGCUGCGCGCGCGAGUUCGGGCUGCUGCUGCUGUUCCUCUGCGUGGCCAUGGCGCUCUUCGCGCCGCUGGUGCAUCUGGCCGAGCGCGAGCUGGGCGCGCGCCGCGACUUCUCCAGCGUGCCCGCCAGCUACUGGUGGGCCGUGAUCUCCAUGACCACCGUGGGCUACGGCGACAUGGUCCCGCGCAGCCUGCCCGGCCAGGUGGUGGCGCUCAGCAGCAUCCUCAGCGGCAUCCUGCUCAUGGCCUUCCCGGUCACCUCCAUCUUCCACACCUUCUCGCGCUCCUACUCCGAGCUCAAGGAGCAGCAGCAGCGCGCGGCCAGCCCCGAGCCGGCCCUGCGCGAGGACAGCACGCGCUCGGCCACGGCCACCGAGGACAGCUCGCAGGGCCCCGACAGCACGGGCCUGGCUGCCGACUCUGCAGACGCGCUGUGGGCCCGGGCACGGCCCUGACGCCGGCACCGCCCACACGAAGACCCCUCCACACCAGCUGCAGCGUCGGGAACCCGGAGGCGCGCGGGGCGUCUGGCCCGGGGGAGCGGGUCCUGCGGGCUGCGUCCUCGGCCGGCCCUCGUGCAUGAGGAGUCCCAGAACUAGGCCGGGCCCCGCCUGGAAGCCACUGGCCUGUGACCUCUUGCCCCUUCCCUUUCCGUGGAUUUUUAAUUUUCUAUGCCUAGCUAAAAAUAAAUUUAGUAAGUCCCAGAAA